AUGAAUCCUUUUGAUCUAGAGGAGUACGUAUCAGAAGGGUUGGAGUGGUCGUUUGUUAAAUACCAGGACAACCAGGGUUGUCUGGAUCUGAUCGAGGGCAUCCCCACUGGAGUGUUCUCUCUCCUCAAUGAGGAAUGCCUUCUCAACCGAGUGUCCGACGCCAAGCAGUUCAGGGUUCGUCUGGAGAAAGAGCUGUCUGACAACGGCAGUAUGAGCUGGGACAAGUUCAGCAAGCAGCCCCACUUCACUGUGGCUCACUACGCUGGCAAAGUCUCCUACCAGAUAGAAGGCAUGAUGGAGAAGAACAAGGACCCAGUGCCCCCAGAACUAAUCCACCUGCUAAAGAAGUCUGAGAACCCUCUGCUUCACCAGCUGUUUGCCGACAGAGACCCAGUGGGUCAAGGCACCAGGGGACASAGACAAGUGGUCACUGUGGUCUCCAAGUUCAAGAACUCUCUGGAGAGCCUCAUGAAGAUUCUACACAGCACCACUCCUCACUACACCCGCUGCAUCAAACCCAACACAGACUGCAGGCCUCUCACCUUCAAAAAGGAGGAGGUCAUUAUGCAACUGGAGGCCUGUGGGAUUGUAGAGACCAUACACAUCAGUGCAGCAGGCUUUCCAAUAAGAAUUCCCUAUACGAGUUUCACACAGCGUUAUGGACUGAUUUCCAACUUGACAUUGUUUUCUCAAGGAGCUGGUGAGCAAGGAUUGGAGGCGGACAACAAGGACCCUCUUGGUUCGGCUGUGGCUGAUAUUCUCAGGGUGGUGUUUAGUCACUCUCUCGACGCCUCACGCCAUAUCGACAACGAGGCCCGCAGCUCGCUGGUGCACUGCGGCAGGACCAAAGUGUUCCUGACUAAUUCCAUGCUGGAGCUGCUGGAGGAACACAGGAACCGGGUGUGCUCCCAGAGAGCCUUCUCUAUCCAGUGCUGCUGGCGCAGGCACAAACAACGCAGACGUCACGCCAUGAGACGGMCCGUCACCCUGAUCCAAGCAGUGGUGCGGUCAUGGCUGGUCAGGAGAGCGGUCCGGAGGUGCCACAGGGCAGCCAUAGUCCUCCAGAGGUCCUGGAGGAAAUGGAGGGCGCUGAUGGACGCCCUGGCUGAGGCAGAGCUGGAUGACGCAGAGGAUCUUCAGGAGGCUAUGCCACCAGAGUUGGACCCCAUCCUCCGGGCCAGGGGCUCGGUGCAGCUCUCCAGCAUCCAGGAGCCUGUCAUGGUGCGAGGCUGGCCCAUGGGCUUGGCUCUGGCCUCAGCCCCCACCAUCACUGUGUCCAUGACCGCUACUGGCUUCCAGAAGAUGAUUUCUGUCAUGGCCUGCCUCAACGGACACUGCUUCAGGAGCGGGGAGUAUAAGGUGGAGACCAACCAAUUCAAGCAGGGGGUUGCCUCCAUCAGGGCUCAGCCCAGGGGGUCUAUUAAGCUCCACUACCAGCGAUCUCCACUGCUCUACGCUGAUCUGCAUCCAGACCACAAGUGUGAUGGAGUGACAGGCUUAAACCAGAUACUGCUAGAGAGCACCUGAGUGGGAUCCAUUCUAUGUUCCUAUCUUAUAUCCAGCACUUUAAGUGAGCUGCCUCAAUCAUAUAACCGUACCUUCUUUAUAAGUACUGUAGAUGGAGAUAAAUGGACCAGGAUAAAUAGUUUUGUCAUGCUUUAGCUGCCAUAUUGGAAAUAUUUGAUCAUUGUUGAAAGUCUCAGGCUUUAUGACCACUUGGGUGCCUUUCUCAAAAUCUGUGGCGUUCCAACUCAAGAAUGUACUGUGGGUUGAACUUGGAAUUUUUAUUUAUGGGAAGCAGUUCCUUUGGGAUAUUUGUACUCCUCCUUUUGUAAUGUUUAAUUUUAGAUAUUGCUGCAUUUUAAGUUAUUGACAGGCCUGUUUUCAGAGGGAAAUUGUUAUUUUCAUCAGGGAUACAUGUUUAAACCACAUUCCGUUUUUAAAAAAUCUGUAUUCCGUACACUUGAGCUCACAGACCAAAUUUAAGUGUAAUUUUAGCAAAGUCAACGGAAAGCUGGGCAUUUACACCAAAUCCAGUCUAUUUUUAUGGCACAAGCUUCAUUAUUAGAAGAGGUACACUACAGUGUUUUGCAUACAAGGGAAUAGUAUGUCUUUGAACAAGCUUUAUAAUCAAUGUCAACCAGUUUGCUGCUGAUCGCUUCAGUGUUAAACCAAACGGCAUGACAGAAACAUCAACGUUUUGCUGUAUUUAUUUGAAAGGAACCAUUGAUGUGCCACAUUGCUUAAUGAUGUGUUUAUUUGCCCGGAAAGGAUUGUAUACUUUGAUCUGUAUUUUGCUACUUUGCCACUACAGUAGUUACCUUGUCCCAAUCUGCUACUAGAGUAACUGUUAUUUUGUAUAAUCAUUCCUUGAAUUAUGUUGUAUUUUGAACUGACUAAACAAUGUUUGUUUUUAAGGGCAUUCAACACCAUACCCAGAUCAAAUGUGUUAUGAAACACAGCUAGCUAUUUGGUGUUUUAUAUAGCUGUACCAAGAACCCUUUUAAAGAUCUGACUUAGCUAGUUGGAACUACAGUAUUGCACAGACAAGUUAAAAAUAAAUAUUUAACAAAUUGG